AUGAACAACGGUUCCGCCAACGGGAACUCUCCUUCUCGGGCACCAAUGUCUGGCCAACAUGGUCAAGCCCAGCAAAUGCCAUAUAUUAACAUGGGUGCCCCUACACAGUACCAGGGCAACCACUAUCCGCCGCAGAUAGGCCAUCCUGCCGUCACGUCGAUGCAUUCGCCGAUGAUCUCCAACGGCUCAGAGGGUGUGCAGAAUCCGCCCAGCUCGCAUCCCGUCACGCCUCUUGAUCUUCCAGCAACCCCUGCCGGGCUUGCCAAGCCUGAUCCCGCGGCAGAUCCCAAACAGGGCCAGCCCCAGUGGAAAAACACAAACAUGGCCACGGCUGCCGCGGCGUCGGCCAUGAUGGGCCGGCCGGGCGUGAUCUCCCAGCAACAGCUCGCAGCCCUGCAGCAGCUCCAGGCCACCUACGGAAACCUCCAGAACAAUAUCCACCGCCAGCUGGACGAACACCGCAAGUCGGGCCAGGGCGUCCCAGUGCAGGCCGGCAACGUCAAGCUGCAAAACAUGCCUCCUAAUAACGGUCAACUGUCCCAAUUCAACUUCCAAAACUCCAACGACAUCAAGAAAAAUAUCGCCAACAUAGCCAUCAUCCGGCUGUUCGAGCUCACAGAAAAACUGUGUGUGCGUGCAGACUCGGAGAACCUUGAGUAUUGGUCAAAAGUUAUGGAGGAGUAUUUCAGCGAGUCUGCCAUGGCCACCCUGGCUCUCAAACACGGGUCCGAUGGCCGGUUCUACACGUUCACUUUUUCGCUUUUCGCUCGCAUUCUCUACGCCAUUGCUCUUUCCGGCGUCGGUUUCUUUGAGAUCUCUCACAACCUUAUCCGAGCCAACGUGCUUGCUAACGGGUCCACGCACCUCGAGUGCUCGCGGCUGAUCCUCAGAAACUGGUACCUUGACGGCUCGUACGUGACUUUGUACGGGCUUACCAAGCUGCAGUUCAGCAGACAGCUCAAGAUCGAAAAGAUCGACAUCUCCAUCUACAAAACAUCCGCCGGCCUCGAACUCGGCACCAUCGACAAGUUCCUCAGCAAACACGACUUGAUCGACUCAAAGAGCAUCAGAGACAACUUUGCUGCAUUCAAAGGCCUGAGCAACUUCGGGUUCCAGGAAAACGUGAUGCGUGUGAUGCAGGUCGGCGACGUGAUGACUUUGGUCAAGCCUCUGAUGCAGUUCCACGCCAUCUCCGGGUUCAGCUCGCCGAUCACGUCUCUAGAGGCAUUCAACAAGUCCACGUCCACAGAACUCAGCUCGCUGGAGAAAAUGAGCGCCCAGUUCCACCAGGCACAGCUCUUGGCCCAGAGACAGGCCUUCAAGCAAAACCCGCAGAAGCAAGGCUUCCCGUCAGGCUCGAGACCCGUGUCGCAAACAGUGUCUCCGAGCCAGCAACAGAAGAAGAAGCGAGACGAAAACGGCGGUUUCAGCAAGCUGGACCUGGCUAAUUCCACCCUCAAUAAACGGAGAAAAAUGGCUGCUACCCCUGCUACCAAUGGCACAAACGGCUCCAAUGGCACAAACGGAGCUAAUGGGUACGCCAGCAGCGGGGCAAGUAGCGGAGGGGUGAGUCCAAAGACUGUGGAGAGCGAUAGGUAA